UACUAACCCUCGUCCUUCCUCCUGGUUUGAAAGUAGUAGUUUUCCUGCUCUGCUUCAUACAUAAGUUAGCUCGAAAGUGUUUAGUACUGUGUAAAUCAUACAUUUUUAAAGCUUGAGAAAUUCUAGUUUCAGCAUUUGUUAGCCAUUACUAAUAAAUAUAUCACUGUUGUCCAUUUUCUACCAUACGAAUUGAUAGUGAGGCACACUUUUAGCGCGCUAGUCAAUUUUUGUACGACCGGAUGAGUUGCAGUAGAUUCCCACUGGUCUGUUGGGCUAUUUUUAUGCGUCCCAAAAAGAUUAUAAAUUGUGUUGUUACUCCAACAGAUGUUAAUCCAUAAAUUUUCAUUUCGUUUUGUAUAAUGUAGGGGACUAUUUGCAUGUGUUGUCUGAGCAUUACUGUUCAUAAAUCGAUAUUGACGGUUGUUGAGGUUUCCUCGUAUUGUUUUCUAUUGACGUAAUUCGAAACUUUUACCUGGUUUUCACACCUUCAGGCUUCCUCACGGACUUGUGUGCAGUUUGACAUACUUUUAAUGUCAGUCUUCUAGUUGUGUCAUGUUCUCUGAAACAAAUGGCUUGAUUUCAAAGAUCUCAUUAUUUUGUACAUCAGUUUAUCUCACGUGAAGGUGCCGAGUGCAGCCAGUUGUAUGGAUUUCACUUGCUUUGAUGACUUUGUCUUCCAGUGUUUUCUUCCGGAUCUUUUAGUGUGCUGUACUUGUUUUCCAUGCUUCUGAUUUAUUUGUCCCUUUCCUCGUAGCCUAUUGACUUUUUUUAACGUGUUGAUAAGCAGGGGUUGUAUAGACAUGUCUACUGGACCCAAAUUAAUCUGAAUACUUUCACUAAUAAUGUGUUUUUCGUUUCUUUGUGCCAGUCACGUAUGUGUUGCUGUAAACUAACCUCACCAUAGUUAUACGUAAAAUAUUGCCGUAUUAAGACAACUUUACUAAAUGAAGAUUCUGGUCUCAAUUUGGGGAAUUCGCCGUGUGCCGGUACCCCCCUUAGUCUGACAUCGGACGAAGAAGAAACAGCAAGUGUAAUCGCCAAUACCGUUAACUUAGCUUUCACUAUUGUCAGCAGGCUGAGACACUAAUUGUCGACAAACCAAAAGAUGAAGCAACCUCUACCUAAACCGUUAUGUGUAAUUGUAAUUAUCCUCUCACUGUCAGGGCAAGGUGAAUACCUUAUUUCGGAAGUGCACUUCAAGUAGUACUGAUGGGAUGAAUGCAACCAUACGAUGUAGAGGGCAAAAAUCUCAUGGAAAAGUUAAAUGUUGCGAAUCCGUCCAAAAGUUAAAACUAGAAAGACAGCUUUAAAAAAGCUUCCUGUAGUUAACAGAAAGGAAGCGACAAUACGAUAAAAAGCCGUUAACACAACUUCCAAGGAAGUCAUAUCCAUUCCUAGUUUAAUUAUUUGGGAUCUGGGGGUGUCGGAAGAAAACGACUGUCAAAACUCAUUCACACGACGGCGUUAGCGGGUCCUGUCAUCAGAAAAACACUGCUGGUAAGGGAUUUAGAACAUGUUACUUCAUUAACAAAACUCAGCAAGUGCGUUGGAGACAAGACGCAGUCAAUAAAGAUCUUGAAGAUAUCACUUGGAAGUUACGGGGAAAGAGACUACCGAAUAACUAGUGAAAAACUCGAAUAUUGGUAGUCGACGGAGUCAAGUGGGAGAAUGCUUUUACUGAGUUAAAAACUCAAAAGCAAAACAGUGAAACAGAUCAGGUCGUAAAAGAAUGCUCCCGAGACCUGUAUGGAUAGAAAAGUAGUUGUCAAAACACCUUAGGUGUGUGUCACACAAACGUCCAUAGUCUUACAAACAAAACGUCUGAACUAAGCUUGAUGAUGGCUGGAUUUCCCCAAUAUAAUUGUUGUCCCAGCAACGUACCUCGUCGUACAUGUGGACUGUUUUCCAGUCAUUACAGGACACAUCUGUGUUAGAAGUAAGAGCUAUAAAUCACAAGGAGGCAUAAUACUCUAUGUUAUGGGUCACUUUUGUUCACAAUCAAGCCCAUCAGAGACUAACUAUAGUGUUGCGUGUGAGGUAGCUUGUCCAAGUAAAUCUAGGCAUUGGCUAAUGACUAUAGAAGGAAUAUAACGCAGCCUACGUUGUCUUGUUGAUGACUUUGUCUUAACGCAUGUUUUUUAUUGGAAUAGAGUUGAUAUUUGUCUCAUAAUAGGCGAUUUCAAUGAACCGAAAUUUGUGUGAAUAUUUUGAUGGUAGCCUGCUGUCAACUAUCGUUGAGUGCCCCUUGCACAAUAUGUCGCAGGACCGACACAUUGAAUUGGAACCAUUAUUGCUGGACUUUGUCUUUGAGCACCCCUGUGGCAAAUACUCUACCCAUCUGUGUAAUACCACUUAGGGCAUUACGUCCAAACAUCUGGUCCGUCUAUCAAUAGAAGGACGAGUAUACUGCGCGGCAGUCCGUUCUGUUUUAAUUUACGGCAGCGAAGCAUGGCCAUUAAGAGUCGAAGACACUCGUAAGCUACUAGUAUUUGAUCACAGAUGCCUUAGAAAUAUUUCUGGCGUCUGCUGGGAUCACCGGGUAAAUAAUAGUGAGGUUAGACGUAGGGUAUUAGGGAAUGAUGAUAAAUCAGUUGAUGAGGUUGUGAGUCUUCAUCGACUGAGAUGGUUGGGCCACGUGUUAUGUAUGCCUGAACACCGAUUACCACGACGUGCAAUGCUAACCGGUGGUGGAGAUGGAAGUUAGGGGCAGCCAAACCAAAACGUGGCAUCAGUGCUUGAAGUCAGUAACUUCUAGUCUGAGCCAUGUUGGUAGAUGCAAACUACUUGGUUGGGGUCCGCGUGACAAUCGUAACGAAUGGUUGGAGAUUCUUGGUGACAUGGCUCAGAAUCGAUCACAAUGGCGUCGGUGUAUACACUCUCUGUCUUCCCUUAAACUAUGGGAUUAAAAUCGCUUCAUAUCUUCCUUUCUUCCUGUACUAUAUUUUUAUAUGCAGUAUUUCUUUUAUAUAUCACCAUCUCUGAAUUAACUACUUUCAUGAAUCCGGUGUCCAUCUUGUUGUGUUAAUGAGGUAUGGCAACUUGGACCGAUGCACAUAUGUGCCUGGUCCUACGUUGUAGCUGACUGACUGAAGAAUGCUGACACACGAUUGUGUUCUGCUUUCAGGAUAAAGUUAUUGAAGGGUAUUUCCAAAAUCCCUGACGAUGAGCGCUCAAAACUCCUGUUUUCUCCUUAUCGUAUCGUAGAACGCAAGCCGACCUGAUAUUGGCAUUGCAUAUGUUUAAUAUUGAUUUGGGUGUUAAUGUCUUAUCUUUUUGCUCCCUCCAGAAUUAAUCUCCGAGGUCAUAGAAAAAGGUUCAAAAACUGCGAUCGAAUAAACUGAGUGGGGCUCCAUUUUUCUCAUCGAGUGGUCAUUGGCCCAAACGCCUUGCUUGAACAAGUGGUAUCAGUCACAUCAGUGAACAUUUUAAAUGAGAAACUGCACCUGCACUGGAAGACAAGCUCCAAGGAUUAAUACAUGUCCACCGACCUACUAUUCGUAUUAUUAAACGCUGAAGUUCUUAUAAAAUAUUCUGGCUAACACUGACGAUUUUUUUAUACGUUUUGUCAAGAACUAUUAAUAACGAAAAAAAUAUCUACUUAAGUUGAUUAUAUUGAGGUGAAGUUCGCCUGUCUGGUUGCACUCAGUCCAAACAAAUAAAACCUCACAUAGUUUGUUAUGUGGAGUCACUGAAUUGUGCAAUUAUUUUGUUUAUUCCUGUAUUCACAACUGCGGUGUUUUAUCUCUAAAUGCUUUACUUGGUUCUAAUGAAGAUUACGAUUACUGUCUCAUUAGAAAUAAGAUGUUUUAAAAGAUAUCUCAUUAUAAGUAGAGAGCAUGUAUUAACGAUCAAAAGUUAGAUUGCUUCAGACCAGUUUUCCACUCAUCCACUAAAGUGUAUUUCUUUGAUUUUAGGCACGCAAUACUACUUAAGAAGUUGUUAAUCGGUUCGUCUUUCAUUUAUGACCACAGCACGAGUAGUAAUGGAUACUGACAACACGGUGCUUUCUGAAAAACGUAGUAAACCUGGUGUAAUAAUGUCAGGUCAUAAGUGUCCUGUUUGUCCUCAUUCCUGUGCUUCUCAAUCUGGACUCAUAGGUCAUCUAACUACAAAACAUAAAGAGCGUUUGGCCGCUGUUUGCAAAGUUUGUCAACAGAUAUUUGCAUCGGAUGCUAUAGGUUCUCAUGUACUUAAAUGCAAGGGUAGCUAUUCCUGUCCUUACUGUCGUGCUACGUUUUCGUCGCCCUCUUAUUUACAGCGUCACAUCUUCAGGCGUCACGAGAUUUUUGAUCGCCCCACCUGUAGUGUUUGUGGAAAGGGUUUCUCAUCGACCAAUUCAUUAGCUGUUCAUAACAGAUUGCACCGAAGCAAGUUUUGUAAUUUCUUUAGUUGAUGUUUGUAGAUUAUAUGCCAUACUACUGCCAGCUUUGCAAUGCUAAUUUUGCUCAGAAAAGUCAUCUUAAAUUGCAUUUAGACUCUCAUCAUGCCUAUGUCGAAUUAGAUGAGACACGGAAACCUUUUGUGUGUAAAACCUGCGAUCGUGGAUUUCUGUUUAUUAUCAGUUUGCAACGACACCUAUUACAGCAUUGUAAGCUUAGUCCUAAAAAGUUACUGCCAUGCAAAGUCUGUAAAAAAAACUUUGCUCAUCAAAGUGAACUAGAACGCCACAACAUCAUUCACACCAAGUGCUCGCCAUACCAAUGCUCAUUUUGUUCUCGUACGUUCACGCGUCCUAACUUGUUGAAGAACCAUGCUUUGUUACACACCGAUCCAAGUCUUCUAACCUGCUGUUACUGUUCUCGAGUCUAUGCUUCUCGUGCUUAUUUGCUACAGCAUUUAAAGAAGCAUGAAGACAAACUGCAAAUAUCUCCAAUUCCGAAUUUAGGUACAACUUCCAUUUCAGAGAUAGAAACAAGUAUCCUUGACGAUUGCAGAGUAAAUGUACCAAAGGAGAUGGAUAAGGUAUGUGAAGGUUCGACAUUCGAGGACUUAUGUAAUGAUCAAGUCGUUUCCCCAGAUGUCGGCUUUCUACAUUCGUUGUUAUAUGGACAAAAUAUGAGUUGAUACACAGACUGUUACGUGUAGUUAGACUUUUAUCAGUGAUUUAGCUUCCUAGUCUUCCCUAGUUCAGUAUUCCUGCAGUCCACAAUCUUCGAACCAUACAAAUCGAUUUCAUGCUCUAGUUAGUUUUCAUUUACGUACGUUGAUUUUACAUUGCAUUGCAGCAUACAUUUCGCCAUCAACCGAUUACAACUUAUUGCAUUUUUAACUUUUAAGUCUUUCGAGGAUAGCUCGCCUUUCCGAUUUGCAGUAAUCUAUCUGGGCAUUUCUUAUUCUUAUUCAACUUGUACGAAAUUUGCUUCAGCUUAUUCUGUAAUUGCUACUUACAACCAUUUAAGUUGAUUAAAUGACUAUUUAUUUAUUAGAUUUACUUCCUUCCCGCACUAUAUUUCAUUUUGUGAUAGCUAUUGUAUUUACCAAGUGUUACCGAAUUCUUCGACGAGUAGUUACGAUCUAGGUCCUAUGCUUUCGUUUUAAAAUCAUAAUCCGGUUCUUUUUUUGAACCUUUUGUCUUUCUGUGGAGUUGGAAUCGUAGUUAUGUUUUUAUGCGGUCUUCAGCUCCUUUCCAACUUCCUCAGUGAUGAGAAGAUUAUAAGUUAAUUUUUGUCUGUUCUACAUCGAUGUACGUCAUCUAUAUUUUUGUAAGUUAUCGACCGGACUUACAUAAUGUCAGGACAUGACUGCCUGAUCGGUAUCGUUUGGUUUUUAUAUUUAUCUCUUUUUUUAUUUUUUACGCUGCUCUUAUGCAUUUUACAUGUUUUCUGUAAAAAAUACUGUUUACAAUAAUUUUCAAAAUUAAUGUUUGGAAUUUUAAAAGGCUUACUGGUGUUCUCGAGUUGUUCUGACUACUGCUAAGUUUCUAUGGGCCACAACAUCAUGGUUUUCAAUUGUGAUGGUCUAACAUCAAUCGGUUCAUGAUCUCAAUAAAAUAACCAAAUCUGACCACACUUUCAAAAUCUAGAGUUCGUUCGCUUCUUAUUCGUUAAAAACAUGUUUGUUCAGUCCUUACUAAUUUAUUCAGUGGUAUACAAAGUUAGCCCUGGAAAGUUAUGAUAAACAACUGACAUCGGUAGGAUCAUACCGU